UCCGGCGGUUCGGCACAAUUUCCCCUACUCGCUGUGAGAGAACAGACCAAGUUGUCUACCUUGUUGUGAUACUCAAGUCGAGUGAAUGAAGAUGCGGGCUCAGCGCUGUGUGUCCCCCGUGCAGGCCGUCAUGGGCGUGGUGGACGGCAAAGUGCACAAGGCGCCGCCCAAGACUGAGGGCGCCGAGGUGCUCAUGUACAUGGAGCGCCUGCAGCACCUAGUGCCCUUCUGCCCCAAGGACCGCCCCGUCACCAAGCUGGAGCUGAUUCAGUCCGUCAUCGACUACAUCUACGAUCUCGAGGACGCCCUCAGCUCCUCUGAGGAAGACUCGUCCUCGGAGGAAGAGAUGGAGUGCGUCGAGAGUUCCUGAAAAGGGACGUGGAGGUCGUCGCCUGUGGUCGCCAAGGCUCGGAAGGCGACGACGACGCGUCCAGAGUCAGCUAGGGCGCCAGGGUAGUGAGGAGCUGCUGACGGAGAGAUGUGACGAAGACGCUGACACGAGGCGUUUCCUCUUGCCCGUCGUCCCUCACGCGGUGACCUGACCCCGCUCGCCUCUCACCACUGGCCCACCGCCACGACUCCCACCAGUUUCAUAGGCGGCGUGAGCAUGAAGCUUCACCGCUGUGGACUGUCCCGAGGAUGAUCGGUCACGGCUGCUGCUGUUCCUGUGUCGCGCCCCAACUCCACGGCCGACGCGCGCCGCCUUCUGCCAGAGGUGGUCAUGUGAAGCCUCAUGGUGCGGCACCGGCAGCACGGACACCGAGCCUCGGGGCCCCAGGGAGUCAAGGCCAAGCCCAGGCGUGCGUGUGGGCAUCGCGGGGGAGGGGCGGGGAGCAGCGUUCCCUGCACUUCUCCGCCACCUUUGCACCGCCCUUCGCCAGUCUCGUGACCUCGAGACUAUAUUUUUAUAACAUAGUAUACAUUAUUCAAUAAUAAACAAACUUCUACAA